AAAAUACCCGAACUACGGUUCACGUACUUGCGUAAGGGGUUCACUUUGGUCUGUAUGUACGUUUUCGUGUAUGUAUUUGCUGACUCGGCGUAAGGGGUUCACUUUGGUCUGUAUGUACGUUUUCGUGUAUGUAUUUGCUGACUUGGCCGAGUCAGCGGCCGCCAGCUCGUCGAUCCACGUGGUCAAGUCGAUCCACGUGGGCGCUGACUGCCAUGUUGUCUCAGCCACCUGAAUAUGCAGGAAAGCAGGGGGUCUUUUGCAAAAAUGAUGCACGGGAACGGCUGCGACGACGCUUCCUGCGCCGUGUGCCGGAGCUGCAGGUCGAGGCCGACGAAGUGGGGCUGCCCUGGCUCCUGGAGGUCGGCGUCCCUCAGGCUGCUGCUGGUGGCCGGCGGCUGCGAAGGUGGUUGGACCGGCGAGUCCGGGCCGGCCGGCCGGGGAGGAGUGGGAGCUUGGCGGAGAAGUCGGCGUUGGUGGAGGAGGCCAACGGCGGCGUGGGCGGGAGCUCGAGACUGCCGUCCAUCGCGCACUCGUCGUCGUCCACGUAAGGGACUCUCACCGCCACAAUGCCGACGCCCGACGGCACCAUGGAGUACUGGCUCGAACCGGCCGAGCUUGCAACCCUGCACCGGGAGGUCGGCGACUCGGCGUCGAGUGUCGACCCGUACUGGGUGCCGCCUCCAUGGUGGAAGCGCGGAGAUCCGUGUCCGCGGACGGCUACACGCUCAAGGCAAAGGUGCAGGUGGAGGAGCUCACCAAGGAGCUCGCCGGAGUAAAAAAGUCCCAUUUUCCCCCUUCUGUCAUCUUCUCUUGCAAUUUCUUCUUCUUCCUCAAUGCUGAUUCGAUCUUCCAUUGAGUCUUGCAUGUGACAAAGAAAUGUUUGUGUUAAAAUUGAUCAUUUGUGAUUCUUGCAUAUAGUAAGUACUAAGUAACAAACUAGCAAUGCCAGUGUUGUUGUGUUAACACUGAAUUUUGUUAUACAGUAUUUGUGUAUGAAGUCACUUGUGCUGAUUAAACCAAUGGUAAUUUGUGCUAUGUUUGAUUACUUGUGCUAAGUUGUUAUCAUUUUUGCAUACAGUAAGUAGCAGUGCUAGUUUUGUGUUGGCACUGAAUUCUGUUGCUCUGAAUUUUUGUAUGAUGGCACAUGCAGCAGUCGGUGAAGGCACAUCAAGGCACAAUGAACAAUGAGGGGAAAUCUGAGGCAGUCAAAGCCUACAUUUCUCAUGAGACUUAUCAGGACAAGUAUGAGUGUGUGCUGAAGGCCAAUGGCAAUCUGGAAAAGCAGGUUCUAUCCUUGGAGGAGAAGUACGCGAACGCAACACGAGCGAAUGGCAAGCUGGAGGAGGAGGUUCUGUUCCUCAAGGAGAAGUAUGAGGCAAUGCUUGAGAAAAACACCAGGCUGGAGGGGCAUGUGGCUGCUCUGUCCACUUCUUUCCUACUCCAGUUGAUUGCUAGUAGCUGCACUUUAUCAACUGCACCAGUUGCAUCAUAAUAAUCUUUCUGAUUUUUUGUUAUGCUAGCAUUUGCUCCAAAAGGAUUACACAUUAGCAUUAGAUUUGAGGAAUGAUUUGGUAAUUUAUUGUAUGUGUGAACAGGAGGGCAUGCAGUUUCUGAAUGAUGGGGAUCAGCAGUUGCGGAUCAUGGGAGCAGAGCCGCGUCUUUCUUCUGUGUGCCAAGGAGUACUGCAAAGCUGACAGGAAGGAGAGCAAUGGUAGCGACUGGCGAGGCAACAGAUGCUGCAGCCGCUGGCGCAGGCGACCAGCUCGCCGAUGUCGACGGCGACGGCGGGAAGAGGUCGUCGAGGAAGUGUAGCGAGUGGCCAGACAAGACGCAGCCCUCGUCGCCGUGGACCCCGACGGUGGCGAGAGUCGCGUAUGUGGACGAAGACGAGUGCGCGAUGGACGGCGACGGCGACGGAGCUGACCAAUCACUCUUUACCGGAGCUAAAAUUGUACAGAUCGAGCACCGGAGCUGCUGGCGACGGCGACGUACUGUACAGGGACGGCGAGGCAUCAUCACAACGACGCGAAGGAGCAAGAGAGACAUCGCGCAGGCCCCUCCCGAACGGCGCGGACGGCGGCGGCUCAGCGUCCAACGACGUGUUGGAGCUGUCGUCGACGCCGACGAGCUCAGAGGAUGACCUCGAGAGCGACGACGAGCAGAGAGGGUGCGGGAGCAGAGGAGACAGCGAGCGGGUGCGGUUCAACCAGGUGGGCUGGUUUAAUGGUCACGGCGAUUUUGCAACCCCCCAGAUGGACUAGUAUUCAUCCUAGGCACGACCAGGUGGCGGUCAAACCAAGCUGGCAGCCGCUGACUCGUCCAAGUCAGCAAAUACGUACACGAAAUCGUACAUACGGAUUAAAAUGAACCCCUGCACAAAUACGUGGACCGUAUUUUGGGUAUUUUAAAGUAGUGGUACUAAACUGUCAACCUGCUCAAAUUUAGUGACCUGCAGUGAAUUUUUCUCUUUCUUUUUCGAUGAACUUUUGGAUGUCAGUUUGAAAUCACACAUCAGUGUC